GCCGAUAUAGUUUCUAACCAAAUGUAACCGAAGUCCUCUUGCAAUUUUUCUAUUUGUCAAAAAUCUUGUCCCCGAUUAAUACCUGCCAACAACCGCUAAAAAUUAGGUUAAAAUGACUCAGAACAGAAAACGGGGAAGGAGUCUCCAAGAGGAUGAAGUCGAGUUCAUGCCUCUGUCAAAACGAAUCAACAACCUCCACAUCAACAAUGGUCUCCUGCUUGAAAACUCCAAUCGUGUCGGAGCUCCUGAGUGGGGACCUGGUCCUCCAAAUUUCGCUCAUCAACUGCCAGAAUCACCACCCAGCUCAGUACAAAGUCUCGAUUGGAACGUCCCUCAGUAUUCGCCAGAUUUGAAUGAGAAUCAGAAUCCACAUUAUUUUAAUAUCAAUAAACUGUUGUUCGAAAUGUAUGUGGAACGACUGCAACGUGGAUGCCAUCAAGUGUGAUAGUCCUUGGAGGCAGAGGCCCUGUCAAGACUGUAACUUUAUAUACAUUUUUUACCUUGUUUAUAUUCCCAUAUUGUCGGAAUUAUUUAUGUAUGGACCACUUAUUGUACAAUAAGCAAAAAUAUGCUUGACAAGGAAAGCACUACUUCAGUUUACUUUUAUGGCGAGUGUGUUUCUUGAUUGGUGAGAUGUAGCAAAAUUUGUUGGUACUAUACUGCCAAAUUAGAUAGGUGAUAUAUUUUUAAAUCGUUUUUGAUUUUUUUUUUUCAUGUUAGAAUAGAACGACACUGUACUGAGUAGAUCUCAGUAGGUUUAUGAGGGAUUUUACUCCAACUUUAUGAAUAAAUUUUAAUAAGUAUUGUUCAUUUUAAUUAUUUAUGUAAUUGUAAUGUAAUUGCAUUUAAUCAUAUACCUGUAAGAUGUGUUCUUAAUUAAAUUAGUAUUUCAGAUUA